AUGAACGUGCACUACUACGAGCUUCUCCUCUCCAUUCUGUCUAAGAUACCAAUCGGCGACGCUGCCGCCACGGCCGUGCUCUCCAAGCGGUGGAAGGGCCUCUUCCCCUCACUUCCUCGCUUCCGCAUCGACUUCAGCCGAGCCGGCGCCCUUCCCACUUUCGAAACAGUGCGCAGCAUCAUAUACACCCGCGACAGCCCGUUGACGAGCUUCCACAUGCAGACUACAAAUGACGUACACUACGGCAGGUUCCGGCAGAUGGUACACUCCCUCAGCGCCACGGGCAUCCAGGAGCUCGCCGUUUCCCAAGGGGGAUCAGUGUUCUUGCUGAUCUCCAAAUGCAUCUUCUCAUGCAGAACGUUGAAGAAGAUAGAGUUGUGGCGCUGCUUUCUGCUGGUACCGUCGGCGUUCACGGGGCUCCCUCGCCUUCAACAUCUCUUGCUCGUCCAAUUCCUCCUCUUGGACUUGGAGAUCCGUAGCAACAAUCUUGCUUGCUUGAAGGUCAGCGCCAACGAGCCAUUCCGCAUUCUGAUCGAGCGGGCGCCCCUCUUGGCCGAGGUAGCCAUCCGCUUUAACCAUGGCGUACCGGAGGAUCAGAGGGACGAAGCGGUUGAGUGGCUUGUCGCGCUGCUCCGAGAUUGGAGCGUCAUUACCGAAGAGCUUGCCCGGUGGAAGCCGCAUGGAAGGAUUGAAGAAGCUGUUUCUGAAGCUGCAAUUCAUGGAAAGAGGAUCAGCCCCGAUGGUGAAGCUUCUUCUCCGCAGCGCUCCCAACUUAGAGGAUCUGACCAUCGUCGUAAGUCCACUCUGUCUGCAUGUCGUAUGAUGGUUUCGCUAUUUAACCGAUGCAUUUGUGGCAACCGGAUGGAGAUUACUGCCUACGCCGCACCUUCCCUUGAACAUCUCUCGGAUGUGGAGACGCCUCCGGAGUGCGUAGGGAAUCGGCUCCGGACAGCUACUCUUUACCUGGACAGGAUUCUGCCGCUGUCGAUUCCUUUCGUAGAGUUCUUGCUGAUGAAUGCAGGUGUCCUGCAGAAGAUGACUUGUUUUUGGAGAAUUCUGGAUACCGACCUCGCUGAAGAGCGUCCAAGAGAAACUGUGGCGCGUGCCCAAGGCAUCGGAUGGCGUUGACAUUGAGCUCAUAACGACUUGGUGGAUGCCUGCCCCUUCAAAGAACCUACAUUUGAGCCUAUACAGCUGAGAUGAUGCUACUAGCGUCUUUGACACUUGAUCUUGGAGCUGCAAGUUGGUCCGAUGUUGGUGCAUCCGUCUGCACUGCCCUGGAAAGCAUGCAGGAAACCAACUGGAUGCAUAGAAAUGCUGUAGAUGUUUGAGAUGGUACACCAUUGCGAUUUCCUUUCUCUUUUUCUCAAAGAGAAGGUGCACGAGAUUCAUCAAUAGGUAAGCACUUGUGGCAAUUGAAAAUGUUAGUGAAAACUGGGAAACUCACACUGGCUUUGUCUUGGAUACAUUUGAGAUGAUGAUGCAUAGACUCCAUGUUACAGAUCUGAUAAGUUUGAUAAGAUUUUGGGGCAUUAUGCAGUUAUGAAAAUGCUCACUUACUUUUCUUCUAUCUAUA